CGUGAGGGCUUCCAGUAUGACUAUGUCUUCGACUGGUCUGUCCAGCGUGGCGCCCAAGAUGACGGCGCCAGCACCAGUCAGAAGGCCGCUACUGGCAGGCGAAAGGUCGUUCAAGAGGAAGAAGAACACCGUGCAAGCGACAGGAUGUAGGUGCCCGUCACAUUUCUUUCAACUCUUUGCCUCGCCACGGUCCUAACUUUCUUUAUAGGCUUCGUUCUCACACGCGUCAGCAGCAGCAGGCAACUGCUCCUACCACGCAACCCCGUCCUCGUGGUAGGGAUGACGCCUGGUAAUCGCAUUCUGGUUCCUCUUGGUUUGUUUUUGUGUGCAGGGCACGCCCCGAGUGCGACCGAGAAUGGGGGUGGAGGGAAGGUGCAGAGGUAGCUCGGUCGCUGUUGGAUAUGGUGUCAUAGAUGGUCUGUCGCGGUUUUGCAAGUCCGGUUGGGUCAUCUCGCGGGUUACGAGGUCGAAACGUCACGGUGAGGGCACGCCAGGUCAACUUGCGCUGGUUUGCUUUCACAUUUUUCAUUGCGACGUGUUCAAUUCCGACAUCCCGCAUUCAUGCCCUACCUCGCAGUCACUUUGCAUUCCUUGAUCGCUUCGCAUUUCGAAUAUAUCUGCGACUCGUCACACCGUCGAUGAAGAUCACACACUUGCCUCCCAUUAUGUAUUGUACGGACGCUAUUUCUCUUCACGUCGCUUCUGAGCUUCUCUACGUGUACGCAAGGAUGCAAAGAAGACGGCCGCCUACUUCCUUAUUCACCUGAUACGUAUAUUCCCAUUAGCGCCCGUUGGUGGUUCUCAUUUUAUUGAACCCCAUAUUUCCCAACCCACAAUCCUGUUCCAAGCCAUUUGAACUCGCAGAACCUUUUUUUUUCCAUUUCCUUUGCACCGUCACCGUUCAUGAUCAUAGAUUCUCCGCUACGACUACACGGUUGGAUAUCUCUUUUUCAUAUUUCUUCCUCUGGGUUUUCCUAUCAACUUAUCACAUCCCCCAUGCGCCAAUAUUUUGUGUCUUUUUGUCCUUCUGUUCUCCCCUUUACGUAGACUUUGGUAGUUCACUGCCUUGGUUUUGUGGAGGUGCGCGAACGGAAGAGGGCGCCACGAUUGGGUUUUUGGAGUGGAGGAGAAGAGACCUGUGUAAUCAUGACAGAUAUACGAAUAUUUGAAAUUCAUCGAGUUUAUUUGCG